CGACACAACAAGCACCGCGCGCCUACCUGCGGCCCGCGGGCCCUUUUGUUAGGAUCAGAGGGGUCUCCCCGCUCCGCACCUCAAUACAACAACACCAGUCGUCUCACGUUUCUCGUUACGUAUAGACGUUCGCGCCGGUUUAGUCGCGUUCGCGCGUAAGUUAUUACGAUUACGAUGAAACUUUUAGUUAGUUAGAUAGUAAACAUCAAAAUGAAGUGCAUUAACCUUUUUAUUUUAUUGGUGACGCUCGUUAUCGGAGCCAGCUCGGAAGCUUCAGUGAGGACAUGUGAACCUAUCAAAGUUGCGAUGUGCAAGAACAUCGGUUACAACCAGACCGGCAUGCCGAACCUGGCUCGGCACACGCUGCAAGUGGAAGCCGACGUUACGCUCCAGACCUACAGCCCCCUGGUGCAGUACGGCUGCUCCUCACAGCUUCAUCUGUUCCUCUGUUCCGUUUACGUUCCAAUGUGUACCGAUAAGGUCGCGUUGCCAAUCGGACCAUGUAGGGGGCUCUGUGAGAGCGUUUACGCAAGAUGUUAUCCCGUUCUAAGAGGGUUUGGAUUUCCUUGGCCGUCGGAGCUCGAUUGUUCGUUGUUCCCGGCGGAAAACAACCACGAACAUAUGUGCAUGGAGGGCCCGGGGGAGCGGGUGCCGCCGGCGGGUCCAAUACCUCUGGAUACCGCGGCGACGAGCGGGCGCGGCGCGUGUCGGCGGCUGGUGAAGCCGAGCAGCUGGGUGUGGGUGCGCGGGUCAGCGCGGUGCGCACAGUUCUGCGACGCGGAGGUGCUGUGGGAGGCGGGAGAGCGGCGCGCGGCGGAGGUAUGGCUGGCAACGUGGGCCGCGCUCAGCUUCGCGUGCACGUUGGCGGCGGUGGGCGCGCAGCUGGCGUGCGGCGCGGCCAGCAGGGCGGGCGGCGCGGGCGAGCGCGCGCUGGUGCUGGUGGCGCUGUGCCGAUGCGCGGCCGCGGCAGGCUGGGGAGUGCGCGCGGCGGCCGGCCGGUCCGCCGCGGGCUGCGCCAAGGACUCCAUGUCUCCCACCCGCAUGCUACUGGCUCAUGAUGGACUGGCGAAUCCAAAUUGCGCUGUCGUAUUCCUGCUCCUGUAUUAUUUUGGAUUGGCUGCAUCUGUUUGGUGGGUUGUGGUUGCGGGUGCGUGGCGUGCGAGCGUGCUGCGACCCCCUGCUCCGGGCGCGCCGGGUGCGGGGGGUACGGGCGCACGCGGAGAUCGGCACUCUUCGCUGCUGCAGCUAGCCGCGUGGGGGGUGCCCGCUGCACUGGCAGCAGCGGUACUCGUCACUAGAGAUGUCGACGCGGAUGAACUCACUGGUACAUGCUUCGUGGGAAACCAAUCGAGCAAAUCAUUGCUGGCGCUGGUGAUCAUACCCGAAGCCAUCUGUUUGCUGCUUGGAUGCCUGUUCCUUGCUUCGGGCCUGCGCACCGUCCUCCGACGGCCGGCGCCCAUACCAGCACCCGCAGCGCUUCUCAACGCUCCUCCACAGCCACAUACAGACCAAAGUCUACUGAGACUUGGCGCUUUUGCAGCGCUUUAUGCUGUACCCUCUACAUGUAUACUAGCCACUUGGAUAUACGAGUACACUUGGCGUGAUGAUUGGCUUGCCGCUCCUGAACCUUCACUUGAACCAUCGACGCAGCCGCGGCCGGCAUUCUGGGUGUUUCUGUUCAGAAUAUUUGCAACACAAAUUCUCGGCGUCAUGGUCGCAGUUUGGAUAGCGACGCCACGCUUAAAAGCGCUUUGGAGAAGAAUUUCAGGUCCAACGAAGCCUACGCUUGCUAAAUGUCCAGCGGGGCCAACGCCUACUCCGUUGACAUUGCAAUGUUACAGUACACAUUCGCAUUCUCUACCAAGACAUACGCACAAGUAUGCAACUUACAGACCUCCUCAACACCAAUCAUAUAGGAAACCAAGGCAUUAUCAUUAUUCGGCGGGUGAAACAAUACUAUGACUGACGGGCUAAUCAAUUUACCCUAUUUAAUUCAGUAGCUGUCAAAACGCAUCCGGUGACGUUUAUUGUAAUCUGUAUUUACAUUGACAUAUGGAUAAACAAGUGCCAUUGAAAUUAAGUCUGUUAAUUACUGUUAAUAUUUGCAUCAGUUGAUUUUUAAAGAUGCGUAAUUAAAAUGUUGAUAUGAUUAUGUACAUAAGUAAAUCGUUUUUAUUGAUGCGAUUAUAAAUUGUAUAUAAAAUUUAAAUUAUGUUAAGUUAUAAGAACAUCUGAAUAACAACAAAAAAUCAAUCUAUGCAUUUUUUUUAAUAAAUUAUGCAAACGUAUUGUCAUAGUUAAGAAUGUAUAAGUUUGUUUUGGUAAGUUUUGUAAAAAACAAUAUGUUGGUUCUCAUAAGAGCCGUGAAGUUGUAAAUAGGAACAAAUGUUGUAAUUUUUAGUAUAUAGUUAUUUAAUUUUUCUAACUUACGUAUAAUUUAUUCAUUUCGUCACGUAAAUGAAUAUUAUUAAAGUAACAUUCACAUGUUUGGGAUAAACAAACAGAGUAUAUAAAUGUAAUGUGUAUAGCCUUAAAUCAAAAGACUUUGUUUUAUUUUACCAUUUUGUUCUUUAUUCGAAAGUUUCUUAAUGCUAGACUAAAUAGAGAAAAGAGAAACUUAAUAACAAGAAAGUAUAAGAUGUAAUAAAAGCCACGCAAAAUCCCACCUCCGUUUUGCCAAAAUAGUGACUAAAGUAACUAGUAAAAUAUGAUGUAAAUAUUAAUUUUAAGUCGGCAAUUUUGUAAAUAAUGUGUAACAAUAAAAAAAAAUGAUUUUAAA